CUCACGCGGCGCACCAUCUUGGCUACCUACCCCAACAGUAGGUGGCAAAUGGACUUGAAGAAGCUCCCGAGUGUACGGGGUUACGAGUACUGCUGCAAUGUGGUGGACUGCUUCUCCAGGUUUGCUAUGGGUGGCCCUAUCAAGAGCAGGAGCGCUAAGGACGUCUGCAAUGUUAUUGUCAGCUGUAUGUACAGGUAUGGUGCACCUCGUAUAUUGCAGACUGACAAUGGCAGAGAGUUUAAUAACUCUAGCCUAGCAGCUGUCAUGGACGAAAUGCGUGCACUGAAGAUUAAUGGACGGCCGUACCUUCCGCAAUCACAAGGUCGUGUCGAGCGUCUUAAUCAGACGCUAGCCAAUUUUCUCCGCCGGGACCUCCAGAAGGAACCCGAUUGGCCCUCUCGUCUGGAGUACUUUUACUUCACCUACAAUUGCAGGGUCCAUCAAUCUCUCAAGGGAAAGUGCCCCAUUGAGGUGUACUUGAGAAGGCCCAACUUCAGCAUCUUUGUUGAGCCUUCUCGCACACAGCUGACUGAAGAUGAACGCCAGUAUCUGGAUGAGGCUCACCUUGAUAUUGACGGUGACUCUGAUGUUGACGAUAGCAGUGUAUCCAGUGAUGUGCUUGGAAUCACGGGCCCAGCUUAUGAUGCCUCCCAUGCCCUUGGAGGUACGCUCGCUGCUGCAAGCAUCUGUGAGCCUGGGUUGGAGGUCGUUGAUAAUGUGUGUGGCAAUGCCCUUAGCACAGCAGGUGCAACCUCAUGUGCACCUAACUUUGAACUGGCAGCUGAUUACGACAUGGAUCUUGAGCCUUUGGAUUCUCAAACAAUCAACACAGGAAACUCAUAUGAGUGUGGUCCACAUGUGCCUAGCACAGCCAUAUCAGCUGCAUGUUCAGACUCAGCAACCUCGUAUGACCAAGGUCGACAUGCGCCUACCACAGCCGUAUCAGCUGCCUCUUCAACCUCACCAACCUCGUGUGACCAAGAUGAAGCGUAUGGUGACGCAGAGUCCUAUCCUGUUGAACUUCAAUGGGCGAAUAACCCGGAGGGCCGGACAGAGCAGGCCCAGUAUGCUGUGGGUGAAACCGUGUGGUUUUACCGCGCUGCCAAUCUUGGCGGUGCUGCAGGUGUGGCUGCCCUUCGCCCACAGUGGUGCGAAGGUGUUGUCGUUCGCCAUGAUAUGCAGGAGAGAGGAUGCCUCCUGUAUGAAGUUGAGGCCGAUGAUGGUGGAGCCAAAGCUUCUUUCGCAGGGGCUCAUCUGCGGCCUCGUCACGUUUCCCCUGUGCACGUUUGGCACAACCAGUUUCUGGACCCCGUGCCAGAAGACUGGUACAGGGGUCCAGAGCCAUACCGAGGACCCGCUCGCAAGCGGUAUUAUCGGUGA